CUCAGAGAUCCCGAAAGGUUUUCAGUUUUGGGCGGAAAACUGCCAAAAGGAGUACUACUGGUCGGUCCGCCCGGCACUGGAAAGACAUUGUUGGCCCGAGCGGUGGCCGGAGAGGCUGGCGUUCCCUUCUUUCACGCGGCGGGACCUGAAUUCGAUGAGAUUCUCGUCGGACAGGGAGCGCGUCGUGUCCGCGAUUUGUUCAGUACCGCCAAAUUGAAAGCUCCGUGUGUUGUGUUCAUCGAUGAGAUCGACUCAGUCGGUGCCAAACGAAGCACUUCAGUACUCCAUCCGUACGCCAAUCAGACAAUCAAUCAAUUGCUGACCGAAAUGGACGGAUUCCGACAGAACGAAGGGGUUAUCGUUUUGGGCGCCACUAAUAGACGCGAUGAUUUAGAUCGCGCUCUUCUAAGACCCGGGCGUUUCGACGUCGAAGUUCAGGUACCGGUGCCUGACUUUAAAGGCAGAAAAGAGAUCAUUGAUCUCUACCUCUCAAAAGUGAAGUAUUCAAGUGAUGUGAAGGUGGAAAUGCUCGCUCGCGGAACCACUGGCUUCACUGGCGCUGACUUAGAAAAUCUGGUGAAUCAGGCGGCGCUCAGGGCUGCCAUCGACGGUCAGCCGUCCGUUACAAUGGUAUAUCUGGAGAAUUCGAGGGAUAAAAUACUUAUGGGACCCGAGAGGAAGAGCCGAAUCCCCGACGAAGAGGCGAAUGUGAUCACUGCCUAUCACGAGGGCGGACACGUAUUGGUCGCCCACUUCACUAAAGACUCUCAUCCAUUACAUAAAGUGACAAUCGUUCCGCGCGGACCCUCUUUGGGACAUACGGCACAACUGCCAGACAAAGAACGCGUCUUCACCACUAAGUCUCAAAUGUUGGCACAAAUGGAUACACUUAUGGGCGGAAGAGCUGCCGAAGAACUGAUAUUUGGUGCCGAAAAGAUCACCACUGGUGCCUACGAUGACCUUAAGAAAGCCACUAAUUUGGCCACUCAUAUGGUCAAGGAUUUCGGAAUGUCUGAUAAGAUCGGAAUCCGAACCUUCGAAGAAGAUCACAACUCACUGGUUGUGGUCAACGAUAUGGCCGCCAGUACUUCAGAGACCAUCGACAGUGAGAUCAAGAAAAUUCUUCAGGAUUCGUACGAAAGGGCGAAGACUAUACUCAAGACCCACAGCAGAGAACACAAACUUUUAGCCGAAGCUCUGCUCAAAUACGAGACAUUAAAUGCAGAGGAAGUGAAAAAUAUUUUAAUGAAAUAGUUUUCUAAUAAAAAUUAUAGUAAUAUUUAAUA